GUCUCUCACUCUCGCUAUCUCUCUCACUCUCGAUGUCUCUCUCUCUCACUCUUUCUGGUUUGCUGAGUGUUUCUGAUGCACACAGCAGUUUGCUUUCUGUUCACACACAGUCAGGGUUGGAGUAAAAGUAUGGGUGAGGAAAGAACAGAGCAAUAUACAAAUACAUUCCUCUACAUUCCGGAAUACAUUCCGUUUCGACCAGAAGCGGUGCCUCCGCAUGACAACUCUUCACUGCUAAAGGUUGUCCGCUUUGUGGGCGUAGGCGUGAACCUAUAGAGACUAUGGAGAGCUGCAAAAGCCUGUCUGUAGAUGAAGAGGUCCAAGUGAAUGUCCCAAGAGACUGCUGGCAUAUCCUUAUAUGCCAUGAGUUGUAUGGGUACUUAUACAGACCUCCCCCUCCGCCUCGUGUCAUUGGAGGCCAGCCGGCUUAUACCGUCCAUCGGAUACUGGAUUCCCGCCGGGUGCAGCGGUCCUGGCAGUAUCUGGUGGACUGGGAAGGCUACGGUCCCGAGGAGCUCUCCUGGGUUCCUGCCAAAGACAUCCUGGACCCUGACCUCAUUCGUCAGUUCAGGGCCCUCCACCCUGAGAGAGCUGGUAGGAACGUCAGGAGCCGUUCCUAGGGGGGGGAUUCUGUCAGGAUUUGGCCAGGGUUGUUCCGGGUUUUGGUAUGUUAGCACCCAGCCCUAGUGUUCUGUGUAUUCUUGUCGUUUCCGGUGGAUGCUCUUGUGGAAUUCUGUUUUUAUUUUCGAGUAUCUCUUGAGGCUUUUUUGUGCUAUUCCUACCACCUUUUGGAUUUGCCAUUUUUUGUAUUGAAGGACUUCUCCUUUUUACUUUAUUAAAUACACCGUCUUAAGUA